UAAAGAGUCGCGUUUUUUCCCUCUUCUUCAAUAUUUUUGUCAAAUAUUUCUUAAGCAAAUAUUUUUUUUUUGAGAUGAACGAUCUCUAAAGACACAAAAAAAUUGACUACUAUUUAUUUAUUAACGACGAAAAAAAAAUGAACACAUUGGAAUUCCUUCGGUUGGAAUCGCGUAACGCGUUAUCGACACCAAAUUUAAACGUGGAAUCCGUUUACAACAGAACCACCUACGUAAAGCCAAAGUCCCAAAAAAACGACUUGUUCGAGUUUCCAUGGCAAAAAAGCAGCGCGACAGUCGUGGAUACCGAAGACACGCUCGAUUUGAGACAUUUUAACAAUUUGCCCGCUCGAACGCCCGUCGAUCUGCAGUUUAAAGACAUUUCGUACUAUGCCGAGACUGGGGUAUUCAGAAAAAACAAGAAAGAAAUCCUGCAUCGAGUCAAUGGAAAAUUUCCGGGAAGUCAGUUGAUUGCCAUAAUGGGUCCAUCGGGUGCCGGAAAAAGUACCUUGUUAGAUGUGUUGUCGGGAUUCCGGAUCACCAAUACUCAAGGCGCGGUUUACCUCAAUGGGCGAAUUCGUAAUUUGGAUCAAUUUCGGAAAAUGUCGUGUUAUAUACAGCAAGAGGAUCGACUACAAAUGCUCUUGACGGUGUUGGAAAAUAUGCGGAUAGCGGCAGAUUUGAAGUUAAGCACGGAAUUGCACUCGCAUGAGAAGGAAACUAUUAUUGAAGACAUUUUAACGGUGCUUGGGCUGUACGAGCAUCAACACACGUUAACGAAACGUCUCUCAGGGGGUCAAAAGAAACGUCUUUCCAUAGCAUUGGAGCUCAUCAACAAUCCAACCAUCAUGUUCUUGGAUGAACCAACGACAGGCUUGGAUAGCCACUCCUGCACACAAGUCGUUAAUUUAUGCAAAACGCUCGCCAGUCAAGGACGCACCAUCAUCUGUACGAUUCACCAGCCGUCUGCGAAACUUUUCAAGGAAUUCGAUCAAGUGUACAUCCUUGCGGAGGGAAAUUGCUUGUAUCAAGGUUCAACGGACAACGUUUUGCCAUUCCUUGAACGUGUCGAGAUGCCAUGCCCAUUGUAUCACAAUCCAGCAGAUUAUGUUAUUGAAUUGGCAAGCGGUGAAUACGGACAAGAAAUCAUGCAAAAAAUGAUAGAGCAAAUGGCGAAUGGAGAAUGUUUGGAUUGGUUCUCAGAUCCGUCAAAGGUGCAAAAAUUAGAGGUUUUGCGGAAGAGAAAUCCGUUAAAUAAUGAGUCAAUGGGAUCAUCUAGUCUUCAUGCGACAAGCAAAACGCAUCAAUUGGGAGUUUUGCUAAAGAGAUCGUACAUUAAAGCGAAACGGGAUAGUACGCUGACUUAUUUAAGAUUUUUCGUUAGUAUAAUUGUCGCUGUGAUGCUGGGACUUCUUUUCAUCCAAGCCGGCAACGAAGGUUCCCGCGUUUUAGACAACUACAAUUUGCUCUUUGGCAUUUUAAUCCAUCACAUGAUGACAACAAAAAUGUUGACCAUUCUUACAUUCCCGUUCGAGAUGAGUAUUAUCAUAAAGGAGCACUUUAACCGAUGGUAUUCGCUCAAAAUGUAUUAUUCAGCGGUUACUUUGAUCGAUUUACCCAUUUCGAUUAUUUGCACAUUCAUCUUCUCCUGUAUAAUUUAUUGGAUGAGCGCCCAACCACUCGAGCGCGAUCGCUUCCUUAUGUUCUUCUUCAUUUGUCAACUUGUCGUUUUUGUCGCAUCGGGCAUGGGUUUGAUGAUUGGCGCGUGGUUUGACGUUGUGAACGGCACAUUCUUGGGACCCACAAUUGCCGUGCCAUUCAUGAUGUUUGCUGGCUUUGGCGUUACUUUACGUGACAUGCCGUCAUGGCUGUAUCCGGGCACAUAUGUCUCGUACUUGAAAUAUGGCCUCGAAGGGAUGCUCUCUGCUAUUUACGGCGGCAAUCGUGCUACAUUAGAUUGUAAUUUAGCUGAUUACUGUCAUUACAAAUAUCCGAAAACUUUCCUGGAAGACAUUUCGAUGCGCGGCGACCAAUUUUGGAAUGACGUCUUGUGGUUAUCCGUCAUGACAAUCACGUUGCGCGUCUUUUGUUUCUACGUUCUCAAGUGGAAAAUCAUGGCUGUGCGUUAACCUCGCCACAUAUUUGUUGAUUCGACGACAAAGUUUCGUCUUUUUUGUACUUUUUCUAAGAUAAAAUAAAUAAAAAUAACAACUUUUCAUCAAAAUUCAAGAAAUUCACGAGAAAAAAUUCUCCGAUCAUCAUCAGAUUAUUGACAAUAAAUAAAAGAUAAGAAAUUACUCGUUAUUUAUGGCUCGACAAUGGGCAGACAGCUUAGGAAAAAAAGGUCGAAAAUUGUUACUGAGCAAAACCAAUCAAAAGACAAAAGGAGAGAGUGGGAGGAAAAAUAAUUAAAUCCGAUUGUUUGGCAUGACAUCUACUCUCUCGACUGGUCUUGUAGUAGAGCAUGAAUGGAUAAAAAUAGAAAAAUGGCAUGAAAACGAACAACAACAACAAAAAAGGUAAAUCAAUUUUCUGCUCACCCUCCGGUUAUUUACGGUAAUUUUUCACGGAACAGAUAGAGUUUCAAUUAGAUCGUUGUUUAUUGUUUUCAGGGACUGUUUUCGUUACAAGAA